CACAACUGAGAACAUUCAGAUAUAUACUCAUGAGUGUCUGAAUUAUCAGAUUGUGAAUGAAUCUAAAAAAGAGUUAGAAUUCAUGAAAGCAGUUUCAGAGAUGAUAGAAGAGAUAGUAAUGAAGUUUCUACAUAAUAAGAUCUAUAUCAACUAUGAAAUACUAUGUGAGAUUCUAACUGAUAAUGAUGUGAAUCUCAUAGAAGAAGUGAUGAGGCAUUUCAUAA